AUGUUGGAUGAUGUGAGUGUUUACGCCUUAUUUUCGUCUUCUACUAUCCUGGCUGGCUGUGACAAGGUAAAAAUUAUCGGGGAGCACCUCUCCCCUCCGAAGCUUUGCACCCUUCUCACCCCUCCCACACACACCUACCAUCGUAAGGUGGGAAGCCUUGACCACGCCCGUGUUAAGAACAUGGGUGCGGCUGCUCGUGCGGUGAUCAGUGCGGUGCAAGCAACGCAGUUGACAGGUCGCCUUCCUUGCGUCCGAGGUGCUGAGCUGAAAACCAUAGCCUAG